AUGUUUGAAUAUGAUUUGGAUAGGAACUCUAAAUACGAUUGGGGCAGCAUAUAAAUUAAAAAUUUAAUAGAUAACAAUUCAACAUAAUCCAUUAAUCUCAAAUAACAAUGUUUAGAGAAUGAAAAGAAUUCAGUUAGAUUUCCCUUAGGGUUGACUGUUAGAUAUAGGAAACAAGUUAACUACACUCAUUUUUGGGAAUAGGUAGAUUUGAAGAGAAUAUUUUGUUUUCUGCAUUUAAUUAUGAUAUUCUAAUGGUGGGAAAAUAAUGGUCACUCAAAAUUGGGGGCAUGUAUUGGGAGUACGAUGGAAUUUGAUGGGGAAGGAACUCUUUCAAUGAGAAAUAAGAACAAAAUAUUUUUCAGUUUACUUUGUGGCAAACAAUACAAUUAAUUAUUUAUUCAAAUAUUUGCUUAAGUUUUAAAAAAUACAAAUAAAUUAGAUUCAUUAAUAAAAAAAAAGUAUUUCAGAAUGGACUAAAGCGAGAAUUUUGAAUAGGAUUAGGGACCAAUUGACUAUUAUAAGGAAUCAAUUAGGCUAUAUUACUAUAAUAUUGUUUUACAUUCUUAUUUGGAAAGAGUGAACUAAGAAAAAAAUGAAAUUAAGUCUAAAUUGUAAAAAUUCUAAGUUUUAGAGGAUUAAGAGAGUGAUAUAUCAUUAGAGGAUAAACGUAAAAGGAAUAGGAGAAGUGCAGUUGAAAUACCUAGAAGCCAUGUAUGCACAAUCUCUAAUUGCAAUAAAUCCUAUGGAUCUGAGGGUUCAUUGAUGUAACACAUGAAGAUCAAACAUGGCAUGGUGAUGAAUCAGGAUAAAAUUGGUCAAGUUCUUGAUCAGUUUAGAUUUCAAUAUAGUAGUAACUCAAACUGA